UGCUCUGAACUUUGACUUGGAGAGAGGCAAGGUGAACUAAAGUGGUAGUCUCACAUAGUGGUAUGCAAAUACAUUUUAAUUCAGUCCCAAACGCAUUUUCUCCGGAAGAUGGUGGCCUUCAGCGGGCUCUGCCGAAGUCUCUCUCGGCUGGCGAAGAGAACUGCUCAGUACAAGUUUGGGAAACUGAACACCUACAGCGAUACCUGUCCACCAACUCAAAUAAAGAGCCAGGCAGUGUCAGAUGGCGAGCUGAACAUGUCUGGUCGUGGCUGUGGGGGCAGUUGUACCAGUCUGCCAGAGGCCCAAGGGGGAGAUGCCCAGGCCAGCAGUGUCGUCAGCUGGGCUGUGUCCUUCGAGACGCUAUUGGAAGACCCCAUGGGAGUAUGCUACUUCAAGGCCUUCCUGAGGUCAGAGGUGAGUGCGGAGAAUAUCCUGUUCUAUCAGGCCUGCGAAAAGUUCCGGGAGAUUCCACCCACCCGGAUGAAAGAGUUAAGUGAGGAGGCUCAUGCCAUCUUCCAGACAUACCUGUCUGACCACGCGCCCUACGCUGUUAACAUCGACGACACGGCUCGCGUGGAGGAGAAGGACCUGCUGAAGCCUACAGCUGAAAUGUUUGACAAGGCCCAGAAACAGAUUUUAAAGUUGAUGAAGAUGGACAGCUACAGGCGCUUCGUCCGCUCCCCUCUUUACCAGAAGUGUACCCUGGCCAGUGUGGAGGGCAGGCCACUACCCAACAUCCCCGCUGAACCUACCAGCACAGGAUCAUGGGAGAACAUGGCCACCUUUAGCCGCUCCCUCAAUGACAACAAGAAGCUUGUAACCUGUGUUCAGCAGAGGGAUAAGCAGCGGGAGAAGAGGGGAUCGUGGGGAGUAGACUUGUCAUACACUAAGGUGAAUGUGUCUCGUAAGGACUAUCGGAUGUCCAACAGCAGUGUAGAGAAUGGUCGCUCUGGUCCCUCAGACCAGGGGCAGGGUGAUGGUUGCGGUAGUGUGGAGGGAGGUUACUGCUGUGUCUACCUGCCUGAUGGCAGUGCAUCCCUGGCCCCCAUACGGCCCGGCCUCCCCCUCAGAGAAAUGCUGUCUGGCCUCUGUGAGAAGAGAGGCUUCCCCCUCAAAGACAUCAUUAUCUACCUCCAUGGAAAGGACAGGAAGCCCUUAUCUCUGGAGCAGGACUGUUCAAUACUGAGGCACCAGCAAGUCUCCCUGGAGCUGAGGGUGACGUUUGCGUUGGAGGUGGUGUUCACUGGUAAGACAGUGGGCAUCAUGGUGAAGUCCAGUAAGACUCUGCAGGAUGCCCUGUCUGCGGUACUACAGAAACACCAACUUGCAUCACACCAGGCCCGGGUCACCAUGAGUGGGAGUGAUGUGCCACUGAGCAUGAGCACUAGUGUGUUCAAACUGGCCAAUAAGAAGCUGCAGCUGGACAAAGUUGGCAGUCCCAGGAUCAGUGGCCAAACGCCAGUCGCACAAGAGAGCGGUAGAUCUCCAGCAGGCCCAGAGGUCCAUGUGUCUCCUCAGGCAGACGGACCCGGAGCCAAGCCCAGGGUCAGGAAAAACCAUGAGAUGGAGGUGAUGAUAGAGCUGUUGUCCAGGGCCCAGGCCUGUAGGGUGGAUGACCAGAGAGGCCUGCUGACCAAGGAACACCUGGAGCUGCCCCAGUUCCUCCUGAAACCACCUGUCCAUGACCAGGAGACUCAACAGGUGGAGGCUGGAGAGGUGACAGGGGGAUGGAGCACCCACAGACACUGAGGAGUCAGAACCAUCCCAACUCCACUCCCACCCCUGUUGGAGCCUGUCACUCAUCAGGUUCCAAACGCACAGGCUCACAGGAAACGUGUGUGUGUGGUGGGGGGGGGUCAACAUUUUUAACAAACUGUAUACAUGAAGACCAACUAUUAAGAGGGCAAUAGUCUAGCACUUUGUCUAUGAUUGUCUAAGCUCUGAGGCAUGUCUUAUACUUUUGUACAACAUUUAAUGAAAUGCAGAGUCUGUUAUAGGUUCCAAUUCCUGACUUCAUUCAUGAGGGUCUUGCAUCUCUAAGUUUAACUUUAUAUUUAACUAAGCACUUUGAGUACAUGUGAUUUGAGAUUUAACUGGUUUUAUUUUAGCACUUUUCUCUUGUGAGUUUAUUUAAUUGACUAUCUGGCAUUUAAUACUUUUGAGCACAUUGUUUGCUGUGUUUGCACUUUGAAUGCCAGGUCCUCUGUGAUGGUCAAUCCUUUGAAUGCCAGGUCCUCUGUGAUGGUCAAACCUUCUGUCUGUUAUCAGAGUGCCAUUCAGGGUCGAACUUCAGUAUUAACUUACCUUUCCAUUCAUUGCACAUGAUUAAAUCAGGUAUCAUUGAUCUAUGUACCUCUAGCUGACUGGUUACACUCAUGUCCGUCAGUGUAAUGUCUCAAGGACAGACUACGCGCAUCCAACGUAAUUACACACUAUUUUAGUUCUCUGAUCUGAGUGACGUCAUCUGAAUUCAACAUGCCACUUGGACUGCACUGUGAUAGGUUCGUCACCUGUCUAGGAGCCAAUCGCAGCUUGGCUUCAUCUCCAUAAACUUGUUGCUUGACGGUGCCCCUCUGAAGCCACUCCCCUUUUAUGGGGUGUGUGUCUCUGGAUGGGAAUAGUGUGAAAUAGUUUUGAAAGCAUUAGUUAUUACACUUCAUUUUUGUUCAGUCAAAGAAAGACAAUCCUUCAGAGAAAUGUAAAAGUUAAUGGAGUAGUGACUUAACCUUUUGUAUAUUAAACACACCGGACUGAUCAGAGGAU